UUUUUUUAAAGAGUAUAGCUAAGCUAGCUAUGUUUUAAACAGCUUUAACGCAAAAAUGUGGAAAAGUUUAGACAGCCAGAUGCUUUGCCUAAAAUUUAAAACUAUAAUGCGACUUACUGUAAUACAGACCUAUAAAUAUAUUAACUAUACAAUAAAAUGCUGCCUGUAAGUCUGCUAGAAUCAGUCAUGUCACAAGCUAAACGCAUAGCCUCCGGGAGGUGUUUUUCUCAGCGCAUGGGGGAGAAAGAUAGAAAGAGAUAAGUGCGUGUGUGUGAUAAAGACUGAAACUGGCUGUGGACUGAGGAUUUUGUUGUACACUUCUAAAGAAAGUACAGCUCGUAUGACCACGAAACACAUCACGUUGGAGUGCUGUGCGGCUUUGCUUGAGCUGGCAGCACGGACGCUUUUAUCCUGAUUAAGUAACGGCCGGACAAGCGACAGACAGCACCUCAGCCGGCAUUUGAGCAAGAAGUGAAGGGCAAUCUAACGAUAAAGGGACAGAACGCCGGUUGACUGUUUAUUUAGAAGUGCUGUCGGGCAGGAAACAACAUAUCUCCUUCCUGGAAAAGAGCUCGUGCAGGAUCCCAUAGAACCGCAAUGCGAUUGUCGAGCAAAGAGCCGCUUAAACCAGCACAACUGCACUUAACAUGGGCGAAAAUAAGAGGAAUUAGCUGUCACACAGAUAGCUGAAUCGUGAAAAAUAUUCUCUGUUCCGCUUCUGAGGUAAGACACUGCCGUGAGAUAGCGCGAUAUGGCUGUUUUCGAGACAAUCUAAUAAUAUAACGUACAUCUUUACAUGAGACAGCACGUGAUAAUCUAACCGAUGAAUUAUGGACGCGGAGCAUGAAUAAUAUAACGAGGGGUGACGCUCGGUUUCAGAGACCGGCCGGUGCACGACCGUGUCCCACAUGACCUACUUUCAAAAGCUUUAAUGCAGGAUAGAUGCAGCCGCAGUGAGAAGCAAAGGAGACCUUCAGCACUGAAAAACAAGCUCACUGUUUGCUCACAUGUGUGACCGAAGUCGUGUGGACCUCAGGUGAUCGUUCACUUAGAAGACUUGAUCGACAGCCAUCCUCAGCUAUUGUUGUUUUCUUGGUUUUACAAAGACUCUACCACGCUGAUAACAUUCAAGACUUGAACUAACGGAAAAAGGGACCCUGGAGCCAUUGACCUUUGCACUUGCAACAGCACUUGGAUUAUUUCUGCUGUUGGGAUUUAUAUUGAGCCUUGGGAUUCCAGCUAAAAUCUGCACAUGAACCCGAUAAAUGCUUCUUAAGGAUUAUUACAAUGACAAACGACAAAUGUGUCUCUGUGAUGUCAUAGUUUGCUAGUCAAGCGUUAUGUAAGCAAUACUAGUUAUUUAAUGACUACCUACAAUAUUGCAGUGCUAACUAUGCAUGUUAGCAGUUUUAUGAAUCUAAGUCAAUAAUGAUUCUAAGCUCAGGAGAUCUUUUUAUUGUUAAUCAGUGAAUUUAUCCUUCGGUCCAAUCAUGUGGUCUUUGCCAUUAGUACGUCACACUGAUGUUCCACAGAGAGUGACUGAGAACUUCAUUUUGUCUGGUUAUCGCUUCCCUAACUACAGCCUACGGCAGUGUCUAGCCUCCGCUUUUCAUCCCACCAAUGAGACUGGAAACUUCUGGACACACUUCCUCCCAAUUUUUGUGUUCACCUUCCACUUUCUGGAGGUGUUCACGUGGGAAGGAGCGCCAGAACCUGGCAGUCCUUUUUUCUACCCCUUCUGGAACUACUUCCUGGGGGUGUUGUACCUGCUGCUAGCCAGCAGUCUGGCUCAUCUUCUCAACUCCAUGUCGCUCAUUAUUCGUGAAAUCUGUUUCUUCGUAGACUAUGGAACUAUCAGUGCGUAUACGGUGGGUUCCUCGCUGGCAUAUUACUAUUACAUCCAUCCUCAAGCAGGAAUCCCAGAGAUUGGAUUCGAAGGCCAGAACACCUCCCAAAGGAAGAGGCUGAAUGCUGAUGAAGAGGCUUGGAACUCUGCAACUUCUCCUACUCUGUUCCAGCUGUUCUUUGAAAGCCUCUACAUCCCGUCCACCUGUCUGAUUGCUAUAAUAUGCGUACUCACCUGCUGCAACACCAGACAACGCUGGCGGAAGUACCGCUAUGCCGUCCGCACCCUCGUCUUCCUCCUUCCGUUUUUCAUCUCCUCCACUCCUGUCUUCUACCGUCUCCUGAGUCCCUCCGCAAACUCCACGUCAUCCUCCUCUCCUCAUCUGUUUUGUACCAUGGCUGCCUUCUUCUACCGCCACUGCUUUUGGCUGGUGGUAUCUGCCCUCUUCAAUAUCAGCAAGAUCCCAGAACGUUUUUCUCCAGGGAACUUUGAUAUCUGGGGUCACAGCCAUCAGUGGUUCCAUUGCUGCACUUUCCUGUCGAUUUUGGAUGAGCUGCAGAUGAUUAAAGUGGAGAUGCGAGCCCUGCUUCUCAACCCAGCAUUGGUACUAUCACCUGUAAUAUCACCUAGGCUCUCUGGCCCAACAUUCUGGUCCACCUAUGGGGUCAUGGUGCUCCUGCAGGGGUGCAUAGCGAGCAUCAUAGCCUUGUUUGGCUGGCAGGCAUAUCAGAUCUUCGCACCAGAGCAAAAAAAGCUUAAGGGACAUUAGGAGGCACCUUGACAUGCUGGUCAGGUUUAAAGCUCUCUGUGUAAGCAUUUUGGACUUUUUCUUCUAACAAUGUUAUAACAAUGUUGAUUUCUGCUGUGUGAACUGCUGUCAUUUCUUCAUUUUAUAGGGUUAGUUCACCCAAAAAUGAAAAUUCUGUUAUUAAUUACUCACCCUCAAACCCUUAAGACGAAGAUCUUUUUAAUUAAAUCUGAGAGCUUUCUGUCCAUCUAUUGACAGCCUACGCAACUACCGCUUUCAAGCCCCGCAAAGGUAGUAAUGACAUUGUUAAAGUAACGUCUGCUCUUGCAUCAACACAACAUGCAUGCGUUGCGGUCUUCUUAAGUUUUUAAGAUCAAAUUGUAAGCCUCUAAAAUCAAAACACUGAUCAGUGAUCAGAGACAGAACAAUGAAAGGAGUAAAUGAUUUUACUGAUGAAUUUUCAUUUUUGGGUGAGCACCUUUAAGUUUGGUAUGGCCAAACAAAAAAUGUUCUCAAAAGGCAUUAUUUGACGAAAACUGUGACACUUUUAGCAGGUUUCAUACUUUCAAGGGAGGCUGUUUUUUUUUGUUGUUGUCGGCAGGUCAAAGUACUUGCUGCUCUGUAAUGAGCAAGCUGACUCUGCCACAUUUGCUCCUCGUAGACUGUAUUGUUAAAAUUAUUUUUUGGUUCCAGAAUGUUCUCAUACGUCUCACUCAUGAGGGAUUUAAAACGAGGCAUUAUUGAGCUUUUACUAGGACACCUUUCAUUGUAACAAUCUUCAUUAUUGAAAUUCUCUUUGUCUGUGUCAAUCUCGCUUUUUCUCUCAUCCACCCACUCACAUUUCCUCCCUCUUUUUAACAAACCCUUUAAACAGGAAAUGCAGACAAACACACGUCGCUUCAGCCAAAGCGUUUGAGGCAAAGGGAAAUGAGAGGGGUGGGGUUUCAUGCUGCUUUACACCAGUGCAGUGCUAAACUACACAACCUUUCACAAUUUUUAUUGAACAUUACCUUUUCACUCUAUUAUCAUUACUAUCAGUUAUAGACCUUAGUUGAGAUAUGUGACAGCAUAGGUAGUAACUAUAGAUUUCUGUUGAAAUACUCUGUACUGUCUGUAACUAUGCAUUGCUAUUGAUUGUAUACGCUUCUCAAUGACUUGACAUUUGGUUGAAGGCCUUGGUGGGAGGACUGUAAGGAGAAAAAUGAAGCCAUAUCAUUGUUGAAAAACAUAUCAGUACUGUUUUUACCGGAAAGGCCAGUUUUGAAGACACAGUUUAACUGUUGGCUGCACAAAAUUGUCUGUGGUAUAUUAUCGUUAUUAACCUAGUUCAGAUGCAGGGAUUGAAAGUGCUACUAGCUGGUUGUAUUCAAUACAGCCUCGAGUUAUCAUUGGUCUUUCUACUGGGUGGUUGAGUUUUCCUUCAACCAAUCGGACACUUUCAGUAAGUGGUGCUCUUAUGAGAGUGUAAGUGCUUAUUGACAAAACAUACAGGUUAUUUAGUCUGAGUAUGGUGUGGUUUAACAAUAUUUGUGAAUUUCUGUGUGAACAUGACUUUCUGUUGCUGUGAAUGACAAAUUGAGGUCAUUGAUGAAUCAGAUGUUGUGGCUGUCAAAAAAGAUGUCAUGUCUUUGUUGUUCUGUCCUCAUAUUUCAAAGUCAGGCAGGCCGAAUAGUUGCAAUAGGUGUGAGGACAUAUUCUAACAUUUCUUCAGUCUUUUAUGUAUUUCGUCAUUAACAUUCAUUAUUCAUGAAUAACUUUUAUAACCUUGUACUUCAUACUAUUUGUACUCUAUGAUGAGAUAAAUCAUUUGUUACAUUGCACUUUGUUGCACAAGCGUAGUAUUAAAAUCUAGACAGAAUAUAUGAUUUUGCACACAUGACCUAACUUUUCUGCGCUAAUCUGUGAUUCUGAAAGGGACCUAAUGUACAUUUUUAUCAUGUUUUAAUUGGAACGUUUCAGCAAUUUCGACAGAGCAUUGUCCGUAUCAUUUGUUCGCCAUCAUGCAGUUCUGACUUAUUGCUGUGUUUGUGUUAGCACCUCACAUCUGUAAUAAGGUAUAUAUAGUUAUACUCUACAGAUUGAAUGUUCGAGAAACUAGACCUCAUCAAAUAUAUUCACUCUGGAGAAAACACCAAAAUAUGAAUAUUUAAAAAUCGUGUUUAAAACAGGUUGAUUAGAAAUUGUAGUUCUAGAAUAGUUUGUCUAGAACAGUUGUAGUUCUCAGGGGAGAAGACAGAAUAUAGUCUUAAUGCACUGGAAACUAUGCUGUAUGCCCACUGCUGUAGACUUUAUAAUCAUGGUUUACUUCAGUAGAUCAUGCGGUGGCACUUUAUUUUACAGUAUACAUGCACUUUCACUGUACUUACGGUGUACUUACCCACGAAAAUACUGAGUAAUGUAAGGUAACAACAUGAGAUAAGGUUAGGUUAAGGGUUUGUGCAUGAAACAGGACUGUAAAAUAAAGUGCUAUCAUGCUAAUAUAUCUUAUUUAUUAAGAUAUAGGCUUGAACAUGAAACUUGAGGAUACUUACCAGUGUAUAUUAAUAUAUGAGUUAUUGUUCUGUUUCUACUUCAAAGUGUAUCACGAGAUAAAAACUAGAGAUCAAUAAAUUUCAAUGGUAAAUAA